GUAACUGUGACGUCACACUCUCGCGAGAUUAGACUUGGGGCGCCCAGCUAUAGCUGUCCGGCUGCGGCAGGAGCCAAGGGAUUGAAUCCUAUCGGCAUUACGGAAUGUUUAAGCAGCGAUCCGGGACUGCGGGCUGUGUUAAGAAAAUCGGGACUGCAAUGGAUCCUGUAUCCGCUGCAGGUCCAUUGCAAUGCACCAUCGGUUUUCCCAACAAAAACAGAGUCGCAAUUUUAGCAGAACUAGACAAAGAGAAACGGAAAUUACUUCUACAAAAUCAGACUUCUACCAACAACCCAGGAGCCAGUAUAGCUCUUACAAGGCCUAAUAUGAACAAGGAUUUCCGUGACCAUGCAGAGCAACAACACAUAGCAGCCCAGCAAAAAGCUGCUCUACAACAUGCACAUGCACAUUCAUCUGGAUAUUUUAUAACCCAGGACUCUGCUUUUGGGAACCUGAUCCUCCCAGUCAUUCCUCGUCUUGAAGCUGAGUAGCUACAAGCAAAACAUAUUUUCUAAGAACUACACAAUAUGCUGCUGUAUGCGAAACAAGGACACGCUACUUCUGUGUAUUUGUAGAUACCUUUUGCAUUUUUUUAUUUUUUAUCAUAUAUGAUA